CGGAGAGAUCCCAAAGACGAUCCAUUUAUUUCCCCCUCCCAUUUCUAGUUCAUCUUUUUUAAUCAUGCAGUUCAGUCUUCAUCUUCUUUGUUUGUGAUUGUAAUUGAAAUCCAAAGCGUGUUUACAACAUAGAGACGACAGUACCUACCCGAAUCGAAAACCCUAGCUUCCUUCCCGCUUCGUUUUGCAGUUUAAUUAAGCAAAACAGGCAGAUUCCGAUUUUGAACCUUGAGCCGUAGCCCUAGUUUUUGCUCAUGGCGUCGAGAAAGAAACAAGCAGAAGGUAUUGCCUUGCUCUCCAUGUAUAAUGACGAAGAUGACGAGGAGAUGGAAGACAUCGAGGAAGAAGAAAAAGAUGAUGAGUACAGAGAAGUAAGUAACGUGGAGGAAGGAGGAGAAGACGAUUCGAGAAACAAAGUUGGGGUUUCUUCUGACUUUGGACUUGAAAACACGCCACAAGGUCUCAGUCAGAAUUCCACGCCAGCAGAGGGUAAGUUUAGUCACUUAACGCCGCAACAGGUGCAGGUUUUAUUUUCAUCGUCGCCACAGCAACAGCAGCGAGUAGCUUUGGCGGAUACGAGGAGAAGUGGGAAAGAGAGGCUAACCAUUGUGGACUACGGCCAUGAUGAGGUCGCUAUGUCCCCUGAGCCUGAGCCUGUCAAAACUGAUGCUACAAAUCACAUUAUUAUUGAGUCAGAGGCUGCAGAAGUUGAGAAUGCUUGUAACGUUUGUGGAGAAAAUGUUGAUCCUUUGGAUCUGUUUCUUCCCCCGCCACCAAAAGAAAAGUGCACAGAGGAUCUGCAAAGGAAAAUAGACAAGUUUCUUGCUUUGAAGAAAAUUGGAAAAAGUUUCAAUGCAGAAGUGCGCAAUAGGAAGGAUUAUCGGAACCCUGACUUCUUGCUGCAUGCAGUGAGAUACCAAGAUAUUGACCAGAUUGGGUCUUGCUUCAGUAAAGAUGUAUUUGACCCCCAUGGAUAUGACAAAAGCGACUACUAUGAUGAAAUAGAGGUUGACAUGAAGCGCGAAAGGGAAAGAAAGGAGCAAGAAAAUAAGAAAAACCAGAAGGUUGAAUUUCAUUCUGGGGGAACUCAACCUGGAAUAGUUACUUCGGCACCGAAGCCAAACAUUCCUAUCCCUGGUGUUCCAGCUUUAGUGGCUGGUGGCUUGCCUUCUGCAACUGAUGCUGGUGUACGUGACGGUAGACCAAACAAAAAAACAAAGUGGGAUAAGGUGGAUGGCGAUAGAAGGAAUCCUCUGCCCUCUGGGGGCCAGGAUUCUCUGUCCGCUGUUGGUGCUCAUGCAGCACUUCUAUCAGCUGCUAAUGCUGGUGCUGGAUACACAGCUUUUGCGCAACAAAGGAGGCGAGAAGCAGAAGAAAAGAGAUGUGGUGAAAGGAAGUUGUAGGAGAAGUUCAGGAGCCAUUAAUUCUUCCACACGGCCUACUAGUGGAAGAGAAAAAUAUACAUUUGUUUCACUUGUGACGAUAAGUUAUACCUGUAGCUUUCUUACUUUUUUCAUACUUAAAAAUAAUGAUAUAAAUGUUUCUCUCUCAUGUCUA